UCCCUCCUCUCCUCAAACCCCAGCUCCCAUCUCUCCCUCUCCCUCUCUCUCUCUCUGAGCUCAGCUCAGCUCGUCGCGCGUCGCCAUGAACGUUCCAAGCAAAUGCAUGGCUCCUGCAAAGUAAAGGAGGAGAGGAACAAGAAGCUAGCUAGCAGCAGCAGCUUCACCUCUAACCUUGGCAGUAUAUAAAGCUAGAUAGCUAGCUAGAUCGAGCUAGGUAGGUUAGGUAGACGGCUGCCAUUAACGUGUGCUAGCUCCACUGAGUGAGCGAGCUCUGAACUUGGGCGUGGAGAUGGAGAGGGGAGCGGCGCCGGUGCUGGUGAGGCAUGGAGGGGUGGAGCUGCCGCCGGGGUUUAGGUUCCACCCGACGGACGAGGAGCUGGUGGUGCAGUACCUCCGCCGCAAGGCGUUCGGCCUGCCGCUCCCCGCCGCCGUCAUCACCGACCUCCACAACCUCCACAAGCUCGAUCCCUGGGACAUUCCUGGCGCAAGCGACGGGGAGAAGUACUUCUUCGCGGUCCGGCCGGCGAUGGCGAGCGGCGGCAGGUGCAGCAGGAGGCAGAUGCAGGCGACGGCGAGCGGCGGGUGCUGGAAGCCGGCCGGCGGGCGGGACAAGCCGGUGGUGGCGUCCCGGUGCGGCGGGAGCCACCUCGUCGGCGUCAAGAAGGCCAUGGUGUUCGUCCCCCGGCAAGGGAAGGCGCCGGCGGCCGCCGCCGGCAGCUGCUGCUGGGUCAUGCACGAGUACAGCCUCGCCCUGCCGAUGCACAACAAGGGUUGCUUGGCUGAGGCUGAAGAAUGGGUAGUGUGCCGGAUAUUUCAGAGGAGCAGCAGGUCGCCGAGGAGGCCUGUCGACCACGACGUGAGCCGGCGAACGACGCCGCCGUCGCAGUCGGCGGCGUCGUCGUCGUCGUCGUCCAGCUGCGUCACAAGCAGCUCCGACCAGGAAGAAGAGGUCAGCAGCGGCUAGCUGACGCAACGCAGCAACCAUGCAGCUGAGCUGAGCUGCCUCUCAAAGAGAGGCUUGAGUGUUAGCCUAGCUAGCAUAUAUAUAUAUAGCCGGCCAAACCCUGAAAGUGAUCUGCAUGCACUUUAAUUUCUUCUUCUCCUUAAUUAUUUUUUUCCCCACCAUGUAAUGUAAUGUAAUGUAAUGUGACGGGAAGGAAAGCACUGGAUUAAUCAAAUUAAAUUAACAAAAAAUGAAGAGUGCUCAAGUCUAAGGAAGCUUCUAAGGUUCAGGAGCCAGAUACUUCAUUAAUCAUGGCCUCAUGGGUAUCUAUAUGUAGUUGCUAGCUUAGCUGCAUGCAUCAGUGAUCUCUUCUUUGUCAGUUUGUAACUUGCAAGUUAAUUGUUCUUGUGAUCUUGUAAUAUAUUUCUCGGAGGAAUGGGAAAUCUGAAAUCCAUUAUAUAGCAAUUAAUCGUAACAGCAGUUAGCUGGUUAUCUCA